UGGUGUAGACGGCGUUAAGGUGGACGUGCAAUGCAUUUUGGUGGCAGGGUGGAACUCACCAGACCAGACACCAGAGGAGACACUAGCAUCUCUAGAAACUUCCCUGCACGAGCCACAAUACGGAUGCGCUCUACUGCUUCAAACAAUCAAACGGAGCGUAGUCGUUUGGGGCUUAUUUUGAUUACGAUACUCAUUCGUUCAAAAUCCCUCUCCUCCUGUUUCUUUAUCAUAACUGAGUUUCAGGAAAUCAUACGAUGAAAAAGAAAAGGAAAAAAAAAGCUUGCACCUGGGGCUUGUGAGCUUAGCUUCCUGUCAAUCAUCAUCCUUACUUUUGGAUAAUCAGCAAUACAUCUUAUUGAUUCAUGUCCCUCUAGCAACUCCUGAUAUAACAAGGACCAUGAUGACAUGUUGGGACCAGCUUAGUCGGAUUCAUGAAUGGAAAUUAAUGUUUAUUUGAUGAAUUCACUUAUCCAAAUUUUAUCCCCAUCUAAAAGUGCUUGUUCUCGGUUUAUUCUUCCAUGACAGGUCUGACUGCGUUUGUGGAUGAGGCUGCCACUUUGGAUUUGCGCCUGCACAAUUCCACUUCAUGCUAGUCACAUCCAGACAAAUUAAAAAUGGGGAAGGCAUGGUGAUAGCGCCCGCCACCUAUAAGCUCUGACUUGCCACAAAUACUCACUCAGUCACAAACUACUGAAUCAGUUAGUCUUAGUCAGGUCAUGAUUUAAAAUAUCAGGUCGGGUUUGGAUGAAAUCAAACCCACAUCAUCUCCCAUGUAAUAAGCAAGGAUAGGGAAAAGAGCAAAUUUUGAAUUUUUUUGACAACUUGCUGGUAGAGUUCUCAGGCACAAAUUAGGGUUCUUAGCCAUGAAUAUAGAUAUUGAUUAUUUCAAGAAGGACAUUGAUGAACUUAUUGGUGAAUUCACUCAGGAUGAGUCAACAACUUUGGCUGAUAUGAAAAGAGUAUGGCUUUCUAGGAAGUUCUCCCACAUUUACGAAGCUUGUCCUUCUACCAACCUGGCCUUCUUUAUGCAAUCGCUGUAUGCUCAUUGUAUAGGUUACAUAGUUGGUACUGCUUCAUUAUCACACAGAUUAGGUGGCCUUUAUUGCCUCUACUGUCUUUACGAGACUCAGCCAUUUAAUCCUUCCUUUAAGAUCUAUCUAUCCCUUGAAGAGUUAAAGAAACUUAGAAUCCUUGUUGCUGAUGCAAAAGCAAAUGAUAUUAGAGUGGUACCUGCUAUAGUAAAGAGAAUGCAUGAAAGAAACAUGUUCCUCUUCGGCUCUGUUGACUUGACGGAAGGCUGUGUCACAGAGACAGUAAAUCAACUCCAACAAUUACAGAAUGCCCGUAUUCGAGUUGCAUAUGAAAAGUUAUUUGAUAGCACUUCAAUUGACAACUACAUCCACAUGGAUCUUGGCUUGGAAGUUGAGCUCAAUUUGCUGAAGAUAAAGUCAUCUGGAUAUGCUGCGGCUAAGAAAGUGGCUAUUGAAGAGGCGAGCAAUAUUUUAGACGUCCAAAACAUAAAGCACAUACAAGAAGAUAAGGAGCUGAUAGGAGAUGUUGUGGAGAAGAUUGCAAAUGACUGGAAUAUCCAGAAACAAACAUUUUAUACACAAACAGGAUUGGGGGACGAUGCAAGAUAUGGACAGGAGUUGGAGCAAUUACUUCUAGAGCAACAUCCACAUGAUGAUGGAGACUAACCAAGAUUUAAGACGAACGUCUGGGUCUCGGUGGUUUACAUGUGCAUAGGGAAUUCGUAAUUAAUAGCCCUGUUUAAAUAGUGUAGAUAAUUUCAAAGAAGCAAUGCCUUUUACUUUAUCCAGUUAAGCAAGGUAAUGAAACAAAUAUUUAUAGAAUGUAUAAUAUUUCAUUUUAUUCAACAUUUCUAUUUUUUUUA